AUUUACUAAAAAAAAAAAAAAUACGAAAAAAACUCAAUUUUCUAAAAAAUGGACUAAACCAAACAGGAUAGUGUCCUAGAGAUCUAGAAUCUAGUCCCUUGAUUUUCAAUACAGAAACAGUGGAUCAGACCGUAAAAAAUUCCCAUUGUUCAAGAAUGAAGCGUUCCUACUAUUUUAUUUGUACCUAGAAGACAAUGAGCAAAGCUAGAACAGUGAAAAGAAGACGAUAAAGCUACAAGAAAUUGGUUUGGUGCUGAAAAAGUCAAAAGGAGAUAUGUCACAUAUAAACCACUCCCUAAUGGGGUUACUAAUUUUCACAUUUUGCUGACAUACUAAGAAGUGGACUUGAAAAUGCUUUUAUUCACCAUGUCAAAUGUCAACACACAAAAUUUUGUCUUAUUUUCCAAUUCUAAAUUAGUUAUAAGACCUUACCUGAUCAUCUCCUCAGGCAGUAUGAACAAAAAAGAUCAGACACUCCUCUGCAAAACUCUAGAACUCCAGAUGCCAAAGUUGAGUAUCUCACCUGCAACAUCAGAAACAUGGGGUUUCAAGCUCCACCUCAUAGUAUGUGAUCUAGAAGGUUUGUCAAUACCAAAUAAGGAAAAUUACACCAUCAAAGUACAGAUAGAAUGGCCAGUUCCUAGAAAGAAAUAUCUAUCCAGAAGAACUAUCGAAAGAAAUCAUACGUCCAAUCAGUGCAUAAAUUCCAAUGGAUGCAUCUGUUGGAACGAAGGUUUUAAUCAUGAGUGCAAGUUGAGAAUGAAGAACUCCAAGACUUUCAGCAGCCAGAUGAUCAACCUCGAGAUUCAUGGCUUAGGUUUGGAAUCAGACAACAGAGCAUCAGUUUUGGCCAAAUUUAGAAUGGAUAUCACCAAAUAUGCUGGUCCAACAGAGACUUCAGAGAAAAUUAUCAAAUUUCCAGUCAAGUGCAGCAUUGGAAGCUCCACUCUUGUGACCAGACUAACGGUGAAACUCAAGUCCUUCGAAUUCCAACUGAUACACGACAGUGUUGUACAUCCUCUUUCUCCAACCCAGCUACUACCAUCUCUAUCAUCAUGCAUAAGAUAUCAGAAUCCAACCAGCAGGAACAUGGAUGACUCAACUUCAGAAUCAGAUGAGGAAACUGAACCUAGCUACAGAAGACUAGUAGCAACAAAUCUACUAUUACGUAGCCCUGUAGAUGACAAGCUUGAAUGCUGCAAGGAAGAGAACCGAGAGAAAACCCAGCAAUACCAAGCCAUGCAUAAAUCUUCAUUAAUCAAGCUUCUUUCGUGGAAAAAUACAAGGAUUAGUUUGAGAGUCCCUGAUCAUCCUAGAGAUACUCCACUCUUGAACAAAGCAUAUGGUGAAGAUGGCGGGGAUGACAUCGAUAACGACCGUCGCUGCCACCUAUCACUCUUGCAACCAAGUGAGGGUAAGGUCCAAUGUGAUUUCCAAUCUUUUGGAUUCAAGGGCAGCGAUCGGUUUGAGAUAGGCAACUGGGAAAAGAGAAAGUUGGUAAGCAGAGAUGGAAAUUUGGAGCUAGUAACGGAAAUAUUUCUAGCUUCCAUUGAUCAGCGGAGUGAGAAAGCAUCAGGUGGAGGGGCCUGCACAGUUCUAGCGGCAAUUAUAGCUGAUUGGUUGCAUCAGAACCCAGAAAUACUACCACUGCGAUGCCAAUUCGAUAAAUUGAUCAGUGAGGGGUCUAUGGAAUGGAGAAAACUAUGCAAAGAAGAGACUAAUAAGGAGAAAUUCUCAGAUCAGCACUUUGACCUUGAUACUGUCCUACAAGCACAAGUUCGACCACUGAAGGUGGUCCAUGAAAAGUCCUAUGUAGGCUUCUUUGAACUCGAAAAUAUGCCAAAUCAGUUAGAGCUCCUACAAGGUGCCAUGUCUUUUGAAAGUAUAUGGGAGGAGCUCCAAAGCAGUGAAUCAAGUCUGGCAGAAGACAUCUACAUUGUGAGUUGGAAUGAUCAUUUUUUUGUUCUCAAGAUAGAAGUGGAUGCGAUUUACAUAAUCGAUACGCUAGGAGAGAGGCUGUUCGAGGGGUGCAAUAAAGCCUACAUAUUAAAGUUCAACAAAGAAAGCAAGCUCUAUAGAGUGCAACCAAAGGUAGACUCAGAAAAAGAUGAAGAGAAACGAACAAGAAACACAGGAGAAAAAGUGGAUAAGAGAAGUCGCCAAAAAAUCAAAAUGUGUGACGGAAAAUCUUCUUGCAAAGAAUUUAUUAAGGGGUUUUUUGCUGCUAUCCCACUAAGAGAACUGAAAAGCAACAUCCAAAAGGAAAUCAUUGGAAAAGUUCCUCUCCAUCGUCUCCUGCAAAUUGAGUUCCAAUACACGACUCCAUGCAACAACACAGCCAACCAUAGAGAUUAUGCACAAAUCAACUGCAAAGUGCAAACAGAUGAAUAUAUAAGCCCACUAGGUGACAGAGAACCUCCCAACAUUCCCGAGUUUUAAUCCAUAGCUAAAUAAAACCAACCUAUAAUAACCAGCUCAUAUCUAGUCAGAAGUCGCUAGUGUGCUCCAAAAGUUGGCCUUUCACCUCUUGCAAAAGCUUCACAUAUAUGUAGCCAUUUCUGUGAAAUUAAACAAUAGUUCUAUGGAUAAAUUGCAGAUAUAAUUGUGAAUCAUCAAAUUUAAUUGAAGUUCCUUCAGCAGUUCAUGAAAGUAAACUACAAUU